CUUGCCGAAGCGCGCCCACAAUUUCAAUUGUUGCAAUGCUCUUUAACACACGGAAACACAUAAUCCAUGCAUUCUCGUUCAUCAGUCAGAAGCGUAAUUCAUUCAACUCGUUCAUGCGAAGGACACCCUCAGACGGCGUUGUGCACUUCGUUUUCCUGUUUGAAGAGGUAAGCAAGCAAGGACUGAGGCCAAAGUUAAAGCCCUGCAUGCGGCAACGGCAGUUAGACUACAAAAACAAAAAAGGAAAGAAUAAAUGCAAAAGCGAAGUUGUGCAGCUGUGACGAGGCAAGUCCGCCUGAUAAGAGUUGCUUUGGGAGGCUUGCAUUCCAAGUGCAUUAAUCACGCCCGUUUAGCAGGAAGAAAAGUCGAGCUAUGUCGGCAUAAAACUGCGGAAAAAUUCGAAUGCGGUGAAGCACAAAGUGAGAAACAAAGAAAUAUGUCCAAAUGGGUGGGAGAAGUAAACAAGUUUGAGACGAGCUGCUGAGGUAUGCAGAUGAUGCCAAUGUAAUUGGGCAACCUCACCUGCAACGCUCCUAAAGCAACUUUGCUCCUGCUCAGCAAGUGGUCAGUUAUAUUCACAAGGUCCAACAAGAGAUAUGUGCCUCAUCUCAUGAAAACUAAAAUGUGCGUCUACAUUGACGGUUGAUGGGUUCAUUACACUGCGUGUCUCAUUUAAACUCACAAGCUGGCGCCAACUGAAAACUGCUAAUAAUGCCAAGGCCUUCUUCACACGUAUUUAUUACUUAAGAGCUAAUAACCGAAAGACUUGAAGCAUCUAACAUCCAAAGUGGUUAUAAAGAGUUCGUCUGUGGGCGGUUGCCCCAGCAUGAGAGGUGCCAGAGUUCAGCAUGCUACCGUCCGCGCUUAAUGACACAGCGGAUGGGAUAUUGAUUGCAGUUGACCAGCGUUGUGCAAGGCAAUUUUGCAGAACAAAGCAAACGUGAAUGUAGCACACUGUACGAGGGCGCCAUUCAUACGACCGGCUCAGUCAAUGACACUGAUAACAUUGUGUCUGCUGAAGCGGCGGUUGCAUUGCAACCGUUUGAAGAGAGUACACUGAGUGGCUGUAUGGUGACUGAGUUUCAUUAUGAUAGGAACUCUCUAAAAUUGUUCGAACUCGUCCAUAAGUAAUUUUCACAUAAAAUUUCUAAUGCAAGCGUUUUAGACCACCUUAAAAUACGGAAAUUGCAUUGUUUUAUCGCGGUGCUUAAGUGCGGACAACACUUUCUACACGAAGAAAGAGCUUCACGGCGUUUCUUUUAUAGCGCCAACUGGCAGCCAGCUUCCCGCGAAAUCACCUCUCGACUGUCAAAGUACAUCACCUCGAGACAUGACAUCGCGGCGCGAGAAUCACCUCAGCACUGACCAGGCACGCUGCCUGCGUUUCUUUAAUAGCGCCAACUGGCAGCCAGCUUCCCGCGAAAUCACCUCUCGACUGUCAAAGUACAUCAUCUCGGGACUGUUAAACCACAUGACAUCGCGGCACGAGAAUCAACUAAGGACUGGCCAGGAACGGUGCUAGCGUUUCUUAUAUAGCGUGACUUUUAAAUCACAUCACGGUCCCAAAUUGAAAAUUAAACAACUUGUUCUCUGGCUGUGGGCCAGUCGUCUGGACGCCAACAUGCAACAUCCAACAUGUUACAGCGAACCGAACAGCAUACAUACUAAGUAGCUGGUCGCACAGAGGCGCAGCGCUGAGUAUUUCUAGUCUGACAAUGGAAGUGUGAAUACCUUUGCGUAGACGAGCUGUUCAGCGUUAGCGCCAGAUGCUCAUAAAACCGUUCAAUAAAAAACGCAGCACUUGUGCGUACAACAUUCUAGUGCUACAAACCAUAUCACAUACAAAUCUACAAUAAAAGCAGCGAAAUAGAAGUCAUAACUGCCAAGGAGUCAGAGCGUCCGAAAUGGAUGCGCGAAAACAGAAGCGGCUUGGCGCCGCGCCAAUUGCAUCGUUCGAGAAGUCGUUUGAGGACACGGCAGCAGCGGGCAACACGGCCCACACCAGCACAACAAGCGCUAUGAUAAGCAGCAGCUCAGUCACAGCAGCUACGGUUAUACCAGCAGCGGCUUUCUCGGGUUCAACGAAGUUCAACGCGUCGCAGGAACAUGAAGUGCUUGCCAAGGACAUUCAUAGCAAUGGCGAGAUGUUGAUGGAGCCACGCGAGCACGUUAAUAAAACAUCUGCGGACACAGCAACCGCAAUAGAAAAAGCAAGAAAUGCCCAAGCAGAACAACCUAGUAUUGGCGUAUCGUUGUCGGGAAGUGCUGUUGUUGCAACAGACGCCAUUGCUGCCGCCGCUGCAGUCAGCCCAAGCAAUAGAACUAAACAAGAAGUCAACAAUACAAGGCGACCACCUGCUUUAAAGGCGACCACCUGCGCCAGCACUACAGCAGGUGGCGGCGACACUGUUGGCCCGCCUCAAACGCAGCAUCAGCAGCUGGCGGCUGGAGUUGAAGGCGCAUACAAAGGAGCCACUACGCUUGCCGCACCAUCCACACCCCGCAUCGAACUAAGUCGUGCAUCGUCGUCAUCGCAUCACGAAGAGGACAGCCGGGAAAGCAGUCCGGAGAAUGUGUUCGAACAGGUUGGCACUGGCACCCUACAGGAAACAAUCGGACUGGGCUUUCGCGAAGAGGGCGCCCUGGAGCUGCGAAGCUCAACCGAGGAAUUGUACUUUAUGGAUCCGGAGCAGAAGAAGGAGGAGCAGGAGAAGAUACAACAACAACAGCAAGUAAAACGCUCCUCCCCGCACAUCUUCAAAUUCGACGAUCAUCAAAGCUAUUUGCAACAACACCAGCGUAAAGACUCGGCCAGUUCCGAGGUCGCUGCAUUGCUUUGUAUUUCCGGACGCACAAGUCGCAUAUCUAGUGUUGGCAGUCAGGGUUCAGCUGUGAGUCGACUCUCAGCGGUAUCGGGCGUUUCACGUUCACCUUCACCUCAUCGCAUGCUUUUGGAAACAUCAUUUUGUGGUCCAAAGCCUUUGGAAAACGUAGUGGACGGUCGAGUUUCAACCACAAUUGAGCCACCGACUGUUGAAUUACUUGAGCAAGUUUUGCUGUCACGCAAGCACGAUCCAACACAGGCAGUUUUGGCAGAAGGUAUUACAGUGGAGAGUUCUCCGAAGAAGAAGGCGACAUUGCUAUCAAACGGUGAAGCUAAACCGCCAAUGAAAAGUACUAAGAAAGCUGAGCGACCCAAUGCUGUAGCUAUUGCAGCUGGUGGUGUGGCAAAGCCAGUUAUGGGGACUCAGCGAAAAAGUAGUAAAAGCCCUGGACAAAUGGUAAUUGGAAAAACACCCAGCGGCACCGAGUAUAUACGCAUUAACCUGAAGCCUGACUAUAUGUAUAACGACAAAGGUAUUGCCCCCCAUGAGAAAAUUGUGGAGGCUCCUAACAGCAUUGCUCCCCUUUAUUCGCGGAGUCAAAAGAAACCUGCUUCAUUAAGUUUAGGUCGGACCGCUGUGGAUGAAAAUCGGCUUACACCCACGGCUAGUCCUAAACCCACGAGACAUGGCGCUUUGACUAAGGAUACACAUGGUAGUCGUUCACCUUCACCAGCCACUGUUUCAGUUUCGAGAAAGAGUUCAUUUAGUUCGCUGUUUCGACUAGGCGGUAAAGACUCACCUGAUUCACCCCGUGAACGUUCACGAUCCCGCAGUAAAAGUAAAGAACGCCCGACGCCGCAGUCACAAAACGUUACACCAAGUAAACAGAAAUCCGUUUUAGCGAUUUUUAAACCAGGAAAACGUGGAAGUAAUGCAGGCGCCGAUGCUAAAUCUUCGAAGAGCUCGUCACCUAUCGAUGGGCAUGAGCUUCAGCAACAGAUGCAACAAAUGCGCAGUAAGUCACAUACUCCAUCAUCGACUACCACUGGAGGUGGAUCUCGCCCUGCCAGUAGGUUACGUUAUUACGAUGAACCUGUGGAAGGCGUAAUACACAUACCUCUUCAUACCCCACCAGAGGAAAAAGAGGCACGCAAGUUAUUGCACGGUAUACAACAGCUCAAUGUCGAGCCGAUGCGUCCGGUUCCAACUGCAAUAACUGCUAGCCAGCUUGCUGCGGCCGCUGCUGCUUUGAAACCAGUGGGCCCUCGUAAAGGUUCGGGAAGUGGAUCUUCAGGUAGUGGCCAAUCGCAACCACGGUCACAACAGGUGGAAAAACUACAACGCCUUGAAAAUCUUGAUGCAAUAUACACUCUUUCACAGGAAGAUGACAAUAAAGAACGUACAUGGAGCCUAGAAGUGAACAAGUAUAGCUCACAGGACUCACAGGAGACAGCUGGUUCUGAAACCAGCUAUGCAAGUGCUAUAAAAGUCAAUAUUCGUUCAAAUUUGGCCAACGUUAAAGAAAAUGUUGUGCAAGAAAAUGGCAUGGCAGCAGAAGCCGAAAUUCAUCGUUUACCCGCUGUGGAUAGUGGCGGUGAGACAAAGAUCGUUGAGACUGUAGCUACAGUCAAUCUAAACAUUACACAAGUUCAGCCUGAAAAUGAACAUACAAAAGAAAAGCGUCGAUUACUUUUCACCACACGUUUAGGUUCAGGAAGUCAGGAUCCAAUAUUUUCUACACAAUUUAGUAUUUCUAAAACCGAAAGUCAAUCCAGCCAACUUUCAGAGCAGGUUCAAGAGACAAUAACAGAAAGCCCUGGCUCAGAAACUUUACACAGGCAAGGCACAGUAAUUCGUCGCUCAGAGGAAGAAGUGGAAUUAAAUGCUACAACAAAGAUACAGGAUUCUAAAGAGCCGACAAAAUUGCCACCGAAGCGUCGCAGCUCUACAGAGGUUUCAGCUCGGCGGCAGAAAUCGAUUUCCACGUCAGAAGACGAAAAGCAUAUUGUGCAAACAACAGUGACUGCCGUGGUUAUGCGUCGUAAGGAAUCACAUGAGGAACCACGCAGAAAAUCACGUUCUACUUCCGAAGACGAUGCAGAUGCUGGUGGUGGUAUUGUGAAUCAACGACAUUCACGUUACUUGGAAAAUUUCGAUGUGCGAAAAAAGUAUCAUGAGAAUGUGCCACGGAAACCUAAAAGGCAAAGUGUUUCGGAACCAAAACAUGGUGACAGCACGGAAGAUGCGAUUGUUCACGUUGCAGAACAGCGCGAUGACCAAAAGUUAUCAAAACAAUAUCAGCAACGGAAACCGACACUGCCUCAACCACCACCACCAUCUACAGCUCCUUCACCAUCACCUCCCCCAACUGCUCCAUCUGUGUCUGGAAGUUGUUCGCCAAUGCCCACACAACGUGUACCGCGCUCACAAUCACAGUCACCAGUAGAUCGCUCCGGAAAACAAACACCCGUUAAACCACCUCGAACCUCUACACCCACACGUCGCUCACAAGGCUCUCACGUCGUAACAGAAAGACAAUCAAUGCCUUCAACCGAUGAACCAGUCGAAUCAUCUGAAAGCGAACGAGACUCGGACCUAGCUGGCGGCUCGUCAGCUGCAGCCGAUCUUAAGCGCCGGCAUUUGCCUCGUCAUGUUGGCACAAUUGAAGAUCACGAAAGCACAGGACUCGUGUCGCAAGAGUCUUUUGACGAGCUUCCUUAUGUGCCAACCACGUUACCAGAGGAACGUGCACAUGGUGUGCCACUUGUUUCCAUGAAAGAUCGAGCCAAUAUGGAAUUGAAAACAUGUCCCGUGGAGCGACCACGCUCAACUACACCGCUGAAUCCCUCACACUUAGAGGAAUAUUGUGGAAUAGUUACACCUCAGGAACAAACAUACGAACUUAGCGGUUCAGUUCCAGUUCGUGGUGAAAAACUCCGAAUAAGUUUACCACGAAAAGACUCUACAAAAGAACGAGUACAAAGCGCAAAGUCCCCUCGACGACCUUCUAAUACCAGCGGCAAGUCCUGGUUUGAGUUUGCCGAGGAAGGUCUUCGUGCUACUUCGUCUAAUUUGGAACGUAAGGAUUCCAAUAAACAAUUGCUACAGCAGCAGACACAACCCGAAUUGGAAAUCAAAACCAAAGUUGCUGUAAGCAAAGCGACAACAACUACCGUGCAGACUACGCAAACACAAAUCACACCAACGUCGGGCAAUACAACAACACAACGAAAACUCUCCGGACAUUGGAUAGAUUUCGAAAAUAUACCAGAAAAGCGCAAGCCACCAAAACGAAUCACGGCUUUACCCAAAGAUGGUGUAGUAACUAGCAAUAGCAGCAGCCGAGUUCAUGCCACCACAUCGAGUGUUCAACAUAUAUCGCAGCCCCAAACGCAUACACAUGGUCAUGGACAUGGACAUGAUCAUCAACAAGCACAACCUGAUGUCACAAUGGAUGGCAAAAUUCAUUACAACUAUGUAAAGCCGGAGGAUUGUCAAUGUGAGUGUCAUGAAGCCAAACGUGAAGGUGGCACAGGCGCUGGAACAGACGACAACGCGAGCGCAGCAGCUGCAGAAGAUGAGGUGGAGGGUGUCACAAGCAGCAAAUCCAUAACCAGUGUUGAUCUGCUACAACAAGGAGAAGACAUGUUGCCAUUACUGGAUCCCGACACUCAAGAUGGAAUUGAACCAAGCGACUCGUCGCGUGAGUAUAGUUGCUACACGGAUGACGAGAUGGACGUGCCAAUACGACGGGCAAGUUCAAGUCGCUCAAAAGGGAGUUCCUCUAAGUUGGACGAGUUUCCGCGGCGUGAUGUUUCGCACAGUCCCCGAAAUCGAAAGUUUCCAGACAAUCGCAAGUGAGGCCGUUGACGAUUCAACAACGUGUUGCUGGAUUCACCUCUCACGCGUAUUAGGUCCUUAAGUUAAAUUUCUUAUGAGGAAUUUUUAGCUUACUUAGAUAACACUCGAAUGCCUUUCUGUUUUGUUAGCGCGGUUUUAACUCGUAGUUUUCCUUUAAAAUCAGCUAGUAAAAUAUUAUAAUAUAUAUCUACAUUUAAAUAGUUAAAUUUGUGAGGUUUUGUUGGGGCGACCAGAUGCUUAGAAUAUGUUAAUGCUUUUUGUAUAAAAACACAUCUACUUGAGGACUAAUUGUUUAUAUUAACUUAAGCUAUUAAUCAUUUCAAAAUGCCAUCUAUCGUUAUCGGACCAAGGCACAUUGAAAGGACAGCAGGCAAUAUUUGGAAUUUUUAAUUUCACGCUUCAUUUUAUUAUUUUCGUGCUCCUGCUGUUAACUCUGCAGGGUUCCUUGCGUGACAUAGAAAAUCGAAUACUUUUUCUUGUGAACAAAGAGACUUAUAAGAUGAACAUUGUUUAUGCUCUAAUAUCAGAAGUUAUUAAUCACUUUACAAAUAUGAAAUCAGCUAGUGCUUGCAUACAUAUUUAUAACUAUUACAACUACAAGUAUAUACAUACAUUAAUACAUAUUCAAAUUACAUUCAUACAUACAUACAUACAUACAUAUUGUACCAAUUACUUGCCGAUAAGUACAUGGAUUAAGCUUAGUUAAUUGAGAAUUUUAAAGAAUUUUGGUGUACAGACACUAAAACCAAACAGACAGAGAAAUAUUUUGAAUGAAAUAUUCAAGUGCUUGGUAUUACACCUUGCUGAAUGCUUUCGAAAAUUUGAAACAAACACAAUGCUAAUGAACCGUUUCCCAAGGUGUUCGCAUCCAGUUU